UCUGUGCAUCUAUGAAUUUGUCAUAGGUUAUGGUGUAAAUUUGGCAUAUCUACGUUGAAAUAUUCCGUGUCCUUUUUCCAUCUAAUUGGCGAUUAAACAAGAUGUUUACAGCCAACGCAAAAAUAAUUAAAAGCGGCGGGGCUGAGCCCGACCAGUUCGAGGCGAGCAUUUCUAAUGCUCUUUUAGAACUUGAAAUGAAUAGUGAUUUGAAAUCUCAUUUACGGGAACUUUAUAUCACUAAAGCAAAAGAAAUAGAAACAAAUAAUAAGAAGUCUAUUAUUAUAUAUGUGCCAAUGCCAAAACUAAAGGCAUUUCAGAAAAUCCAAACUAGAUUAGUUCGUGAACUGGAGAAAAAGUUUUCUGGUAAGCACGUGAUGUUUGUUGGAGAGCGUAAAAUUUUACCAAAACCAACGAGGAAAACACGUACAAAAAACAAGCAGAAGCGUCCAAGGAGCCGAACAUUAACUGCAGUUUAUGACGCUUUGUUAGAAGAUAUUGUAUACCCCGUGGAGAUCGUUGGUAAACGUAUUAGAGUUAAACUCGAUGGAUCUCAAGUUAUCAAAGUACAUCUUGAUAAAAAUGAGCAAACAAAUAUCGAACACAAGGUUGAUACGUUUGCUUCCGUGUAUAAACAAUUGACCGGAAGGGAUGUGACAUUUGAAUUUCCUGAAUCAUACGUGUAACUUAAUAAAUGUAAAACCACUUCACAGUUGAA